GACAGCAGCGAACAUGAGUGCACUGGAGCCGUUGACCGUGUUUGUGAAGGACAGGCUGGCGGCGGUGGGGGAGGAGAUCCUCUGCGCCGUCAGGGACGCGGUGGUGGAGUACCAGGGGGAGAUCCUCCGCUCCAAGCAGGAGAACGAUCGGCUCCGACGCCUCCUCCACGUCGCCGUCCAGCGGCUGCUGCUGCAGCCAGAACCUCACACUCUCCAGCCCAGAGAAGACGGUCAGCCCUGUGAGUGGAAGAGCACUGUGGAGCUGCUGCCACAAGUUAAAGAAGAACCAAACAUCACGAGCUCAGAUGAGGGGAACUGUCAUCAUGCUGAGCCAAUGCAAAUGGCACAUCCUCCAUCAGCUGAGACUGUCUCCCCACCUCCACUCACAUCCCAGGAGAUAAAGGCAGAGUGUGACAGAGAGGGUGACAGGAACAACCAGCCAGACAACACUUUAGCCCCCUCUCUGACUGUUCACCCAAACUGCAGAGUGGCUCAGAGUGAUUCUUGUGCCAGUACUGCAAACAGUCACAGGACUCAGAAAGCAGACCAGCAGGGGAAAGGCUUACUCCGCUCAAAUGCAAAACAGAGUUCUCAUAUCCUGCAGAUGAAAAGCGUGAGAUCCUUGAAGCCUCCUCUGUCUCGCUCUUCUCACCCAAGCCAAAGCAUCCAGAGGUGGCACAGCUGUAAAGCGUGUGGAAAGGGCUUCAGCUUUGCCUGCCAGCUGGAGGUCCAUAUGCGCUGGCACACCAAGGAGAAGCCAUACAGCUGUGCAGUGUGCCGGAAGAGCUUUACCACGGUCAGCAUGCUGAAGAGACACCACCGCAUCCACACCGGAGAGAAGCCCUUCCGCUGCCAUGUCUGCGGGAAAUGUUUCAACCAGUCGGCCCACCUCAACACCCACUUCAGGCUUCACACCAGAGAGAGGGCCAGCUGGAGACAAGCAUCGCACCCCAAGUGAAGUCAGAGUAACAGGGAAUGAAUCUGUUAAUUGUAAAAUUCUGGAAUAGUCCAGCUUUCAGCUUCAGACAGUGUACAAUAAUGGUUUGUGUCUUGUUGUGCAAUAA